AUGAACAAGAAGGAUCAGUGCAUUGCUAUCACAAACGAGUUAUCCCUAUAUCAAGACCUAUGCCGUUGUGGUACGUGGUGGUCUGCUGCGUUAACAAGUCUAGCUAAUGAGGGUGAUGAGGCGCUUUCAGAGGAUAAAUCACUAAUGGCUUUGAACUUUCCAGGCUCUGACGGAGGCGAUAACGCCGAAACGAAGAAAUUGAAAAAUCGGAGGACUUCCACGAGGAGAUUUUUGGUCAUUUCAAUCAUUGUCAAGAUACGAUUGUUUACUUCCUCGAUACUUAACAGCCUGAAGAGAAUCUUCGCUGAAGCUCUCCAUGUCGGGUUCUCCCUACUGGCACAUAACGUUCAAAAAAUAGUUUUCAACGAAGACAGCAAAGAAAAAAAGAUCCUCCAUAAAUCGUGGAAUGAAGAAAUGACAGUGUGUAUAAAAGAAGGCAUAAAAGUAUACAGGGAGCACCAGCGUCACAUCACGGUGACACUACAUGAACAAAAACUGAGAAAGAUCUUGAAGGUUUUGCCGUGUGUUCGACAGGAUUGUAAGGAAAUCAUCCACCGUACAAAACUAGCCUCAAUAAGGGCUUGUGAAAAUGAGGUGGUCAAAGUUUUGCCAACAACGACGAGGACUUCCUCAUUUGAAAAAGUGCAAUUAUGGAGUGGACUCAAAAUGGACAAAAGUUAA